CUGGGUCCGCCCGCUCUUCGCCUUAGACAUGGCUGGCGGCGCGGAGGCGGUGUGGUUGAGCGUUGAGAUCGAGCAGCGGGAGCGGGAGCUGCGUGACUUGCGGGAGCAGUUAGCUGUCGUACUGGCGGGGGAGCGCGGUGGAGCCACUGAGCGGGGUGCCGGUGCCGCUGAUGCCGCCUUCCCCGCUGAGCUCCCCCCGCUGCCCACCCGCGCCGCGCUGCUUCCCGCCGAUAUCCUGCGGUACAGCCGGCAGCUGGUGCUGCCUGAGCUGGGCGUGCGGGGGCAGCUGCUGCUGUCCCGCUCGUCCGUGCUCGUGGUGGGCUGCGGCGGCCUGGGUUGCCCCCUCGCCCAGUACCUGGCCGCGGCCGGCGUGGGCCGCCUGGGGCUGGUGGAUCAUGACGUGGUGGAGACGAGCAACUUGCACCGGCAGGUGCUGCACGGGGAGGCCCGCCGGGGGUUCCCCAAAGCCGCGUCUGCCGCGGCGGCCUUGCGGCAGCUCAACUCCACGGUGCAGUACGUGCCCUACUGCGGGGCUCUGAGUCAGCGCAGCGCCUUGCAACUGGUGCGGCAGUACGACGUGGUGGCCGACUGCUCCGACAACGUGCCCACCAGGUACUUGGUGAAUGAUGCCUGCGUCCUGGCUGGGAAGCCCCUGGUGUCUGGCAGUGCUCUCCGGCUGGAGGGGCAGCUGGUCGUGUACAACUACCAGGGAGGGCCCUGCUAUCGCUGCCUUUUUCCCAAGCCACCUCCACCAGAGACAGUGACUAACUGUGCGGAUGGGGGAGUGCUGGGUGUCGUGCCGGGCAUCGUGGGAUGUAUUCAGGCCUUGGAAGUGUUGAAGAUCAUUUCGGGGAUGGGAUCCUCCUUCAAUCAGUUCAUGCUGAUGUUUGAUGCCCAGGAGGGGCGGUUUCGCAACAUCAAGUUAAGACCAAAGAGAUCAGACUGUGCUGUUUGUGGUGACAACCCAUCUGUCACUUGCCUUCAGGAUUAUGAGGCAUUUUGUGGCUCUUCUGCAACAGACAAGUGUAGAACUUUACAUCUGUUGUCCAGUAAAGACAGGAUAUCUGUCGAGGAAUACAAAAAACUGUUGGAUGAGCAAAUUCCUCAUGUAUUGCUAGAUGUUCGCCCGCAGGUUGAAGUGGAUAUCUGUCGCCUGGAACAUGCUGUCCACAUUCCUUUGAGUAAGUUAGAAGAAAAAGAUGAAGAAUAUCUGGAAUACUUAGAGAAAAGAAUUUGUGAAGAAAAGCAGAGAACUGAUGGCCAAACAUCUUUUCCUGUGUAUGUUGUUUGCAAAUUAGGAAAUGACUCCCAGAAGGCUGUAAGAAUUCUGCAGGAGUUACCUGUCAAAGGAUUUGGUCCUCUAUCAGCUAAAGAUAUUAAAGGGGGGCUCAUGUCUUGGGCCAGUAGAAUUGACCCAACAUUUCCUCAGUACUAAAAAUUUAAAUGUUAAAAAAAAAAAGAAUAUUAACAGUAAAUUCUCUAAAAUUUAAUUUUCUUUGUGCAACGUCUGUAUCACAUGAGUCAAAUGAGAUAUAAAUACUAUGCUCUUUUUAAUAGUAUAUUUUUAAGUUUAUGUAUUUUUAUAGAGGCUUGAUUAUUUUUUUUAUGUAAAAAUCUGAAAACUAUUCAUGGAAAUUGGAAGAAAUAAAUUUUUUUGUUCUUAUUUAAAGUGAACACUUGGAAUGAUUGCUUAAUUGUGCCUGUGAUAAUUGAUUGUUUUUAAUGACUAAUGCAUUAUUUUGUUAUAAAAAGCUAUGUAUGUCUAAGUAGUUCUCAUAGAUAAUUAAUAAGAAAUAGUUUCACAACAGGGAGCUGCCACAGUCCUCAUCAGGUAUUCAUAGCAAUUAUACUAAUACAGAUGUAGGUUCUGUUUUCAUUUCUGAGGUGAAAAAGAAUACUAACAUAAUUAAUAGUCAAAAAAGCAUAUUUUAACAAAAUAAGUUGUGGAACAUCCAUAUCACCUACUUUACAAAGUGAACAUAUCAAUCUUUUCACUGAUGCUUUUGAGGACAGGAUGAAGAAGAAGACUGGUUAUAAUGUGUGCUGCUUCCAGUAGAUAGUAAUCAUGUUUAUAGUCUUUUCCUGAUUACAUUCUUAGGGAUGGAUUUACACAAACUGUGAAAGAAAAAAGAGCUGACAAUAAAGCCUGCUGUUUGGUGUGA